AUGAAAUUACAUCAGGAGAGAAAAAUGGAAGCAGCUGUUGAAUACAUUGCAGGUUUUGCCAUCUUUAUCUUAUUCAUCUUGUGCUUGUUCAUUAAGAAUCAAGUAGGGAGAAGAAACCAACCUCCAAGCCCACCUUCACUACCUAUCAUAGGUCAUCUUCAUCUCCUGAAAGAACCAUUCAACCAGACUAUGCAAUCCCUCUGUGCCGAGUAUGGCGAUGUCUUGCUUCUUCGGCUAGGGGUUCGGAAGGUACUUAUUGUCAGCUCGCCUUCAGCUGCUGAAGAAUGUUUCACCAAGAAUGAUAUUAUCUUUGCCAACCGCCCCAAAACUAUGUCGGCCAAACACUUUAGUUAUAACUACACCACCAUGAGUGUAGCUCCAUAUGGAGAUUAUUGGCGGAAUCUUCGCCGUUUAGCAGCACUUGAGAUAUUCUCUCCAGCUCGAAUGGCUUCUUUUGCCGCCACAAGGAAAACAGAACUGGUGUUGGUGCUGAAUGAACUGAUGAGGAAGUGCAGAAUAAAUGGAGGAUCAGCAAUGGUUGACUUUCAUUCUAUUUCUGCUGAGCUUACUUUUAAUAUGCUUUCAAUGACUUUGGCUGGGAAGAGAUAUUAUGGAGAGAACGCCGCGGAUGAUGAGGAGGCGAGGAAGACCAAGCUUUUAAUCAAAGAGAUGCUUGUGAAUACUGUCAGGUCAAAUAAGGGGGAUUACUUGCCUUUCUUGAGGUGGAUUGAUUACAAGGGAGUGGAGAAAAAGUUCUCAACUUUGAUGAACAGAGUUGAUAAAUUUAUACAGGAUUUGGUAGAUGAUCGUAGACAGCUUUUGUUCGGUAGCAGGAUUGCAGAAGGAUUCCAUGGACAGGCAGAUAAGCCAACCAUGAUUGAUCAUUUGCUUCAACUGCAAAAAGAUGAGCCUGCAUACUACACUGAUCAACUCAUAAAAGGAAUUGUAAUGAUCUUGCUAAUAGCAGCAACAGAUACAGUAUCAAUAACAAUGGAGUGGGCUAUGGCUCUGCUUCUUAACAACCCUGAGGCUAUUAAGAAGAUCAAAGGUGAAAUUGAUGAUCAUGUACCACAAGACAGGCUAUUGGAAGAGAGAGAUUUGCCAAGAAUGACUUACCUUCAAAAUGUAGUCAAGGAGACACUGCGUUUUUAUCCGCCAAUUCCAUUUAUGAUCCCUCAUGAAGCUUCAGAAGAUUGUACUGUGAGUGGUUACAACAUAUCAAAGGAUACAAUGUUACUUGUGAAUCUGUGGGCAAUUCAUAGGGACCCAAAGCUCUGGGAGAACCCAAUGAAGUUUAUGCCAGAAAGGCAUGAAGGGAGGAGACAUGAUGAUUAUAGCCUGAUGCCAUUUGGUGCUGGAAGGAGGGGAUGCCCCGGGGCGGGGCUGGGAACUAGGAUUCUGGAAUUCGUCUUGGGGACUUUUGUUCAGGCAUUUGAGUGGGAGAGGACCAGUGAAGAGCUGGUGGACAUGACUGAAGGCAAAGGGUUUAGCCUUCCUAAACUCAACCCUUUGGAAGCAAUUUGCAGACCUCGACAAGCUACCAUUCAACAUGCUCUAAUCAAGUCCUCCUGA